ACCCCCUUGUUAACCUCGUGUGGGAUCCCCAUGUGAUCAGAUGUUUCUGGUUGUUGUCAUUAGUCCUCUGUAUAGGCUCUAUGCACACCUGUAGGACAUUCACCACCAUUACAAAUAAUACGGUUACGCUACUUCCGGUUCAGAGCUUAGAAGAAAUGGCGCUGUUUUAUACAAGGUGUCUCAAGCGAGCUGCCAAAUUUAAAUAUUAACGAUGUCCGUCGAUUGUGCCGGUCAGGAUCCACAACUCCCAACAGCAAGGGUGAAGGGUUUUAAAAUGUAUGCAUCAUCGUUCAUACAUGACUACGAAGAUCGUUCUUAGAGGUUCAAAGCCUGUUGUCUUGGUGAGGUGCAGUUGCUCGUGUGUGGCUGGGACUGCAAUGUGCAACCAUACAGUUGCCCUUCUAUACCAGACUGCUCACUUCUCUCAGCUCAAUGUGCCGGUGGUUCCACCAGUUCACAGCUGCACUGAAGAGGAGCAACAGUGGCACAAACCUCGGACUGCUGGUGUAAAACCAGGACCAAUUGGCAAGAUGGUUGUCACAAAGCCUGUGCAAGGCCGGAUGGGGGAAGGCGGCUUACGGAGUACCCUGACAAGAGGAAUGCUCGGGCCGCUUCCUGACCUGUCUGUGCUGCGGGUGGCAGAGGCGUACAGUGAACUGGAUCCCCUAGAUAGGCCAUUGGUGACUACUAUGGGUAUGAGUGCAAACAAACCACUUGUAGAGUCAGAGUUCAGACUGGUGCAGAGAGGGAGUAUCCUUUAUCAGCAGCCCAAACUCCACUCCAGAAACAUUGUGAUACACCUCAACGCCCCACCCUAUCCCAGCCUUCCCCUGGAGACCCACAACCUUGCGCCAACGGAGUGCAUGUGGGUGUGCACAGAAGAGGAACAGUUGCAUCUGCGAAGCUUGACUGUGUCCAUUGAUAUGGCACAUAAAAUUGAGGCAUCCACACGUGACCAAAGAACAGUUCCAGAAUGGCAUAUGCUACGAAAAACCAGAAUAACAUCAUCAAGGUUUCGUGAAGUGUGUCAUGUGCGUGGCCAAAGUACCUCAGAGUCUCUGGCUGAGAGGAUGAUUCGUGGCACCAGGCAGACUGCAGAUAUGAGAAGGGGAGCAGAGAUGGAGUUUGAGGCUGCUAAAGAGUAUGUGAAAUACUGUAUACACGUGUCAAUUUUUCACCUUGUGGCCUGGUGAUCCAUCCACAAGUACCAUGGCUAGGCACGUCUCCGGAUGGACUGGUCUAUGACCCCACUGUUACCCCAUCAUUUGGUUUAGUUGAAAUCAAGUGUCCCAAUAUAAAAAGUUAUGUGGAAUGUCCAAGGACAACUUCUCUUGACCGGGCUAACAUGGUGUGACUUUUUUGUUUGGGCUGAAGAUGAUUUUUUUGUACAUCGUUUAUAUGUGGACAAAGAAGUUCAAGACUUAAUUCGAUAAGUGUGAUCAAUUUUACUUUCAUGUAUUUAUGCAGAAGUACCUGUCAAUGACACGGAACGUGCAUUCCUAAUGAUCCAUUAAGAAAAAAAGCAAUAAGCAACAUGUAAUAAAUGUACGAAUUUUAUAAAGAUAUAUGGUUGUUAGGUAUUUAUUUAAUGGAUAUUGAAACAUUUUAACUUGAGCAAUUCACUUAACCCAUGCCCCGACAAGAGGUUUGUUU